UGUCGAACGUAAGAUAGCCUACGCUUCUUACGCUGUUGCCAAUGAACAACGGUGUUUUCUUUGCGUAAGCAAAGCAGCACAAUCACCUGUUGUUGGUUUCUCAAUACGUUCGUUACCUUUGCCAGAAGAAAAUGGCCAGCACACGGAUUUCAGAACAACUACCCCCGCUUUUAGACCCAACAAAAGCACCUGUAGCUUUCGGCAACAGAGCACUUCCACGGUUGUCUAUGGAGUUACAGGACCCUGAACUAUACAUACGCCAGAGGGCGCUCACCGCCCUCUGUGAUCUCGUCCACGAUCCGGAACGGGCAUAUGAGGCUAUUCAAAAAGGCUGUCUGGAGAGACUAAAGGUUCUUCUGGAGGAUGAAGAUGCCUUUGUGAGGACCAAAGCCACAGAAGUGCUAUACUUACUGGCCACUCAUAAUGUAGGCAGGGAGGCCUUUCUCAGAUAUGACGUGGUGGGUCCUCUGUCAGACUUGCUCGACGAGCCGGUGGAUGCCUGCCGGAGGAACAUGCACAGAGCUCUUAAAAUGAUGGCCGAGUUUCCUGCAGGUGCGGCUUGUAUCGUGUCGCAGGGCCUGGUGCAUCACCUGGUGAUGAAGAUUCCGGUGGAGCAUGAGGAAAUCCGGGCGCUGGUGCUGGAGACGCUGAGCUGCUGCGUGCGGGUGGAUGCUCUGCCCGCACUCCAGAGCGACGGUGUGGCCAUCCUACGCGAGCAGCUCGCCAGCACGUCCCUCGCCAUCCGGCGAGCUGCCGCCAGUGCUAUGGUGGGAAUCAGUGUUCCCCUUGAGGGAAAGCAGCGUUUGUGUGAGGAGCAUGUUCUGCCUGUCUUGGUCAGUCUGCUGUCAGAUAGCGACCCAGGAGUCACUGCCAGUGCGGCUGGAACCAUCAUGAACACUGCAGUUAUCACCAAAGGUAAAUACCAGGCGCUGGAGGCUGAUGCCAUCCCUCCCCUGCUGCGGCUGGUGGAGAGCGCGGACCGUGCGGUGAGUGCCAACGCCCUGCGUGCCCUCACCUGCCUGGCAGAGGCCCCCCCUGCCAGGCUGGAACUGCUGGAGCACCUGCCACUGCUAAGGACCCGCCUGAGCCACCCGGAGUCCAUCAUUCAGCGUGCCGCUCAGACCGCCAUACAAGUCAUCUCCUGGAAGCCCUGAUGGAGAGGAGAGGAGGUGGAGAAGAGGGAAUAGAAGAGGAGGGUAGGGAGGGGGUGGGGAAGACGUGGAGGAAGAGGAGGAGAGUAGAGGAAGAGGAGGAGAAUCGAAAAAGAGCAAAAAUACAACAUAACUUGCAGACAUACACACAAAACUGUUUUUCAUGCAACAAAGAAUAAAAUAAGAAACCAUAAAACCUUCAUCUGUUUUUCUGAAAUGCAAAUAGGGUCCGCACCAGUCUUCCAAACAGGAAAAGUGUAAUUAGAGGAUCCAAGGAUUGCUUUUUGUCAUUUGAACUCUUCCUCCACAUUAGAACCAUUAAUAAAGAAUCCUAAAAGUA